UCACUUAAGUACCAGCUAGCGCGUCGCUUCUCCCUCUCAGCCAGUAAGGUCCGUCCGGGGGCGGGGCUAGCAGUAUCAGAGUAACUCAAUACGGCGAAAUGCCAAUGAGAGUUUCUGUGAAGCUGUCAGUGUUCAAUCAGCCGCGCAUCUUUAAUGCGGAUAGACCGCUGCCUCCAUAACAUGGACUCACUACUCGACUAGCACAGGCUCUUAUUAUGGCAGCUUAGGACUGCGGAUGAGGGGUCUCUAAUUUUAUAUCUUUGGGAGACGGGCUUAUUGGGUUUCAGCAGAGAUGUCUCACUUACUGCAGGCAGCGGAAAGGAUGAAAUGGGACAGAGAGAAAGCGCUAAAGAGAGCGGCCGUGGUGCUGGCCGCUGCCUACUGCCUUAAGACCAUCUAUCCCAUUGUGUGCCGGAGGAUGCGACAGAAGGAGAGCGACAGCAGCCCGUGCAGACAGUCACCCCGCGACCCCUCUUCUAAAGUCGGCCACAAGCCCAGCUCCCCGGCCGUCAAUGCGGAAUUCUACCGGCAGCUGCUGGAGCUCAGGCGGAUCCUGUUCCCGAAGCUGGUGAGCAAGGAGCUGGGGCUGCUGUCAGUGCACUCGCUGGCGCUCGUCUCCAGGACAUUUCUGUCCGUUUAUGUGGCGGGUCUGGACGGCAAGAUAGUGAAAAGCAUCGUGGAGAAGAAUCCGCGGCGCUUCCUCAUGCAGCUCAUCAAAUGGCUUCUCAUUGCCAUCCCGGCCACCUUUGUGAAUAGUGCGAUCCGCUACUUGGAGGGCAAACUGGCGCUGGCUCUGCGCACUCGCCUGGUGGAUCACGCCUACCGGACCUACUUUGCGGAUCAGACUUAUUAUAAGAUUAUUAACAUGGACAGCAGGUUGGCCAAUCCCGACCAGUCUCUGACUGAGGAUAUCAUGAUGUUCUCCCAGUCUGUGGCACAUUUGUACUCCAACCUCACCAAACCCAUCCUGGACGUGGUACUCACAUCUUACACCCUCAUCCAGACUGCCAGGUCCCGAGGAGCCAACCCCCUGGGGCCCACCCUGCUAGCCGGCCUGGUGGUCUAUGCCACAGCCAAGGUGCUCAAGGCAUGCUCCCCGAAAUUUGGCAAACUAGUAGCUGAGGAAGCCCACAGGAAGGGAUACCUGCGCUAUGUGCACUCUAGAAUUAUAGCCAAUGUGGAAGAAAUUGCCUUUUACAGAGGUCAUAAGGUAGAGAUGACUAAACUUCAGAAGAGUUAUAUGGCUUUGGCUGAUCAAAUCAAUCUUAUUUUAUCAAAACGUCUUUGGUAUGUCAUGAUAGAACAAUUCCUGAUGAAAUAUGUUUGGAGCAGUAGUGGGUUGGUGAUGGUCGCUGUUCCCAUCAUCACUGCAACUGGCUUUGCAGAUGGUGAUUUAGAAGAUGGACAGAAACAAACCAUGGUGAGUGAACGAACUGAAGCUUUCACUACAGCCAGGAAUCUACUGGCUUCAGGAGCUGAUGCCAUUGAAAGAAUUAUGUCUUCAUACAAAGAGGUCACAGAAUUAGCUGGCUAUACAGCCAGGGUAUAUAAUAUGUUUUCAGUCUUUGAUGAAGUUAAGAAAGGAAUAUACAAGAGAUCUUUAAUCCAAGAAACGAAAAACAACAAAAAGAACAAGGAGAAAACAGAAUUGCACAUUGAGGGGCCUUUGGAAAUUAAAGGUAAAGUAAUUGAUGUUGAGCAUGGAAUCAUUUGUGAGGAUGUUCCUAUAAUAACCCCAAAUGGAGAUGUGGUGGUUUCCAAGCUAAAUAUUAAGGUAGAGGAAGGAAUGCAUCUUCUAAUUACUGGACCCAAUGGCUGUGGAAAAAGUUCUCUCUUCAGAAUUUUAGGUGGACUAUGGCCAGUCUAUGAAGGAGUUCUCUACAAACCUCCACCACAGAAGAUGUUUUAUAUUCCACAAAGACCUUACAUGUCCAUUGGAACUCUAAGGGAUCAAGUAAUAUAUCCUGACUUACUAGAGGAUAUGCAUGAGAAAGGAUAUCAAGACCAAGAUCUGGAACACAUUCUUGAUAUUGUUCAUCUAAACCAUAUAGUACAAAGAGAAGGAGGAUGGGAUGCUUUUACAGACUGGAAAGAUGUUUUAUCAGGAGGUGAGAAGCAACGGAUGGGAAUGGCAAGAAUGUUCUACCAUAGGCCGCAAUACGCAUUGCUUGAUGAAUGUACAAGUGCUGUGAGCAUAGAUGUAGAAGGAAAGAUAUUUCAAGCGGCAAAGGAUAACGGAAUCAGUCUUUUGUCAAUAACUCAUCGACCAUCACUUUGGAAAUAUCACACUCAUUUGUUGCAGUUUGAUGGAGAAGGAGGGUGGCGUUUUGAACAACUGGAUACAGCUACACGUUUGUCAUUGAGUGAAGAAAAGCAAAGGUUGGAAUCUCAACUUGCUGGAAUACCUAAAAUGCAGCAGAGACUGAAUGAACUGUGUCAAAUCCUAGGAGAAGAUUCAGUGCUUAAAAAAAGCCAGACAGAGGAGUAGUUAUGUCAGUUGUUCACUAACUUUUAAUAGGCUGCAGAUCAGGGAUGUCAAAGCUGCAGCCCUCUAGCAUAAGUGAACUGCAACUUCUAGAAUCUGUAAAACGCUGCUUGAUUAAGAUACUGGGAGUUGAGGCUCACAACUACUGCGUCUGGAUGGGGUGUAAGAUGUGCUGCUGAAACUAAAAUGUAUGCAGAAUUCAAGAAAAAAACCAUGCCACAUGGCUUUUGUGUUUUUUGUUUUUUUUUUUACUAUUGAGCUACUGUAUAUUCUUCUGUAUGCAGGAAUCUUAUAUUUAUGGUUCACAAAAUGCGCUACUCAUUCUGUGAUUUGGUACAGACUUUUAAGUUAUGGGUGAUACAUAACAUAAACAAAUUAUCCUAAAACAUUGGCACACACUCAGUUUAUUUGCAAUGACAUUGUAAUUGAAAUCCUGAUGUUUAUUUUAGAAUGCCUUUAGCAUCCAUAAUUCAGAUUAGAUACCUGCAUCGGGCCGGGUACCUGAGGGUUACCCGCAAAAAAAAAGCGGGCCGCUGCAGAAUGAGAGGAGGAUUUUCAGGUGCAGGUAUACCCGCGGGUCUGCGGGUCGUGCUGCGGGUCUCAUCUAAAUUUCUUAUCUUAUGUUAUAUUGUCUAUAUUUUACUCCUUUUAAUGUUUUACAAAACUUGUUU